GCACUGAGAAAAAGCAGAAAUUCAAGUAGAAAAGAAUAGACUGUCCAUUCUUGUUAUAAUCUUGUCAGCUAAAAUUUAGUAAAUGCUUUGGCAUUGCUUUCGGGAGGAGGUGUAAUUUAAAAGCAGGCUGCUCAGCAGUCAAACGGGAGUACAAACAACUCCAAAAGCUUUGCCUAUGUUCUCUGCAGAUCAGCAGGACAAGGGAGACCAGCUGCAUUGAUUUUCGUUAGAGCCUGACGAAUAGGACAACAGCUUACUGUUUCGUUUAAGUGUUUGAACUUGGCCUCUGCACUGUUGCAGCUCAUCCAGUUUCACUGCUUCAUUCCUCAGGAUUAUCCAGCUGGAGAUGAUGAGGACAAGGUUUUGACCAACUUUGGUUUUCAUGACGAUGGAAUUUUUCUUCCCCAAAAUGGAAAGUAAGAACCUCUUCCUAAGCCUAUUGCUCUGCUACAGUUUGCUCAGAGCUGCCAGUUCUCAUAUGGUAAUUGAAGAGAAGACAGAAUGCAACCUGUCAAGAAGCAACAAAAUGAAUCUCCAAGAUCUCCCACCCAUCUCUAUAGUAGAUUUAACUAAAAGAUCCCAGAAAGUCAGCAGGAAAGAGGCAGAGAACAAGAAAUCUUCCAAGAAAAAUGCUGAACCAAAGACAUCUCUGAAACCAAGGCCCACACCAGCUGCUGACUGUGUGCCAAACUUCAAAAUCUGCAAACCACACUUGAAUUCGUGUUGUAACUACUGUGCUUUGUGCAAAUGCAGAAUUUUUCAGACCAUCUGCCAAUGUCUAAUGUUAAACCCAAAGUGCUAAGCCAAACUGGGAACACAAUAAGGCUUCUGUCUUUCAUUAGCUUCUCAAGUGUAUAUUUCAAACUGCCCCAUGUGUAUAGCAAUCAAAGUGGAGAGCUUUGAAGCUGGCAGCUUGGAUUUGCCCCUCUUAAUAUUAAAUGGACAACGGGUUUUUUUCAUGGGGUUAAUGCUAUCAUGAACCAGAUGUUUUUUCAGGGAGUAGACAACCAGGGAGAUUGACAUUGAACCGGUAUUUUUAGCAAAACUGACCUGCAUUUUAAGAAGAAUUCUGGGUUCUUGUUGGUUUGGGGUUUUCUUGUUUGUUUGGAGUUUUUUUUGAAGGGUCAUAUUAACCACAGACUGCAGUAUUGUCUAACCGGCACCGCAAAACCUGCACCAAUGGCACACAAACGGCCACACUAACACGGGACUGGUUAAUCCGGUGAGGACCCAAAGCUUGGAUUUGCCCACAAGAACAGCACAGCACCAGCUUCCAGCACAGCCAAAAUAUCAUGCUGAAAAUGCAGGUUUCAGGGUUAACUCCCUUUUCAUACAUUCAGCAAAAACCAGGACGAGAAUUUAUAUAGCUUAUUCUACCUGAAAAGACAGACCCAAACCAAUAAGGCAAUUUUUUAAUCACCCCCAGCUGAGCAUCAGUACAUCCCCUCCAGGGUUUUCAGACAUUCUACCAGUAACCAGUAUCUCCAAGAUGUAUAACAUACAUGUAUAUUUGAACCCUGAAUGUAUCUGUGCCUCAUGACUUAAAAAUGAGAAUUUUUUCGCCAGCCAUAUCCAUAGAAAGAGUCCUCAGCCCUUCUACUCCUGCUGCCAAGGACACAGUGCAUACAGAGCCCAGAAGCAGGAACACAUAUCCAGGACUUUGAGGAAGAAAGGAAAGAUCAGCAAAAAA